AUGAAACGGGCGAUGAGUGUCCUGCUCUCUGCUGACCUGCUGCCAACCAUAUUCGCUCACCUACCGCUGGCCGACUACUUCCACGCCGCGUCCACAUGCCGGGAUUGGCAGAACGCUCAAGCGGAGGACUGGCUUGAAGAGCCAAAACCAUUCGCAUUGUGCAGUGCUGAGCCGCUCGAGGCUCUGAGGUUGCUCGCGCAGUGCCAGGCGCGCGGAAUUCGCUCGGCGCGAGUGACGGAGGCGUGCUUGCGACGGCUGCGCAGCGCGCUGGCGCGGAUAAAGCGUGGCACACCCGACACGGAGCUUGGUGGGCUGCGACGUGCUGCAGAGGCUCAGCUCAUCCCGCAGGGCGCCCUUGUAGACGAUGCUGUGAUGCGCAGCACGGUCAACGCCGGUAUCGUGCCGCUGCUCCUUGCCAACCUACGCCAUGGUGGUGCGUGUGCCGACGACUCCAAGCUGGUGCUGCUCAGAGCGUCGCUCGGUGCAGCCCGCCACCUUGGCCGCGCCUCGCUUCUCCGCGAGGCCGUGGGCGCGCCACCGCUGCCCUCGGUCGUCGAUGCGCUGCUCGCCGCCAUCGACCACCUCAUGGACGUGUGCGCGCGUGGCAAGGCGUCAGUGAUCUUCUCGCCAAAACCGUCCCGCCGUCACCGCCGCGCCGCCGCCGCCGCCACCGCCACCGUCGAUGCCGUCACUGACACGGCGGGUAUAUUGGGUGGUCUAAUCGAGGAGAGGAGUGAGGAGCGCCCGGCGCGUGGUGGCUCGGCGCCCCUUCCGCGCGACCGCGCAACGCACUCCCUCUGGAUCGACCGAGUGGUGCGUCUCCUCGACGCUACCGCGCGCUUCUCCGACGGCGCCAUCUGCAUCGGUAGCAAUGGCGCGAUGCGGGCGGCGGUCGCUGCGUCGCGUGCGGCGCGGCUGCUGCUCUGGCUCGCGAGCAGCCGCCAUCCCACCACGGCCACUGUGUCCCCGCCAGAUGACGAUCGCGGCACUGGCCUGCUCAUAGCCGAAGACCACCCAAGUUGGCUGGCGGUGGUGCUGCGCCGCGGCGGCCUCGAGGCGGUGGCGCGCAAUCUCCUGGCGGCGGAGGCGCGCGCCGAGCGCAUGCGGCAGGGGUGGGAACAGAAGCAGUGGGCGGGCAUGCGUUCGCAUCAGUGCGCUCCGCUGCGCAAAGCCCUGACGUGGCUCGUGCGCCGUGAGGAGGAGAUGGGGCUCGGCGUGGGUGGCACCGAGGGCAUCACGGCGUGGCAGACGGUGAAGCAACGAACGAGCUAG